UAGUUGGGCGCUUAGCGGCUAGCAGUUAGCAUCAUCAGCUAGCUACUCCUGCUAACAUAAAGCAAUAUAAAUCAAAACUAUAUUAUUUCGAUCCACUCUUUGGGUGUGGGCGGUACACCAAAACAGCCACUAAAGAAGCGAAGAAGACAGUUCCAGAAGUAACACUCUUAGUAGGAACUCCUGGCAAGACAUUUUGUAAUAUUCAGGGGGAAAAAAGGGGAGAAAUGAGAAAAACUACACGCGAUAAAGUCAAAAGUAUCCAAUUUGGCCCCCUCCUCCGUCCGGUUGGCAUGUGGAAGGAACUACGCUGCCGCCCUCUGCUGGCCAGCAUGAGCACUGUCGGUGGCAACUUCCCCCAUUCCAAAACAAAUACAGUACAGGCAUUUUUUCGAUUUGUGUCCCGUGCUAUGUUCUGUUUUCGUUUUAAAAAUGGAAAUUGAAAAUCAAAGGGUUAUUCAACAUUUCCUUACUUGUGUCUGUAUGGAAUCAGAUUUGUGCAUAAAAGAUUCACCCAAAACCUUUUAAAUCGCAAACGCGAUGACGAUUUUUGCGUUUGUAUUUUUCGCUUACGCUUUUGUUUUUCUUUUCACUUUCUUUUGAAUUUUAUGUUACUGUUUUUUUCGCUGACUUUUGGCACAAACCUCUCGGGUCGGGUGACAACGACCGCUCGUCCAGCAGCCCAAUGCGCACUUUAACCGGAAGGUGGCGCCAUUUCACUGCCAUUGUUGUUUGUCAACCGCCAAUGAUCUCAAGAAGAAGAGGAAGCUGCGUUUGAGGAACUCUUGACAUCACAAGUAGGAACUCUUUUCAAACGAGCUUUGUGUGGACAAGAAGGCCGGCAAAAGAGAUUCGCCGCGGGCCGUUCGGAGUUUCAGCGGCCCGCCGGGUGAUCCGGAAGUGGCCGGUGCCGAAAUAUGGGUCUGCUGGCCAGCAUUCGGAAGGAAUGGUUCAUCGUUGGGAUUGUGCUGGUGAUAUUGUCGGCAAAAGUGCAGCCCGGCCUCGGUGUCAAAGGAGGACCGCUGAAGCCCGAGAUCACCGUCUCGUAUGUGGCGGUCUCGCUGAUCUUCUUCAACAGCGGCCUCUCGCUGAAGACAGAGGAGUUGACCAGCGCGUUGCUUCACGUGCGCCUUCACCUCUUCGUUCAGUCGUUCACGCUGGUCUUCUUCCCGCUGACCGUUUGGCUGCUGGUCAGAGUGCUGGCGCUGACCACCAUCGACCAAUGGCUGCUCAGAGGGUUACAAACGGUGAGCUGCAUGCCGCCUCCGGUCUCCUCGGCCGUCAUUCUCACCAAAGCCGUCGGCGGUAACGAGGCGGCCGCCAUCUUCAACUCUGCGUUCGGGAGCUUCCUGGUAAGAUUGGCGUGGCGUGGCGCGACGCGCGUUUUGAGGGAGGUGAAGCGCCGUGUAACCGGGUUCUUGUCUUGCGCAGGGUAUCGUGGUGACACCGACGCUGCUGCUGAUUUUUCUGGGCUCCUCAUCCUCGGUGGCCUUUGGCUCCAUCUUCUCUCAGCUCUUUAUGACUGUGGUGGUGCCGCUCGCCCUGGGUCAGGUACGCCGGCGGAACCUCGUGGGCAGAGCGAGCGGCGUGCUCACGGUGUGCCCCCGCAGGUGUGCCGCCGCUUCCUGAGGGAGUUUCUGGAGCGCAGGAAACCUCCGUUCGGCACCGUCAGCAGCGCCGUCCUCCUGGUGAUCAUCUACAGCACCUUCUGCGACACCUUCAGCAACCCCAGCAUGGAGCUGGACCCCACCAGCCUGCUUGUAGUCGUUCUCAUCAUUUUCUCCAUCCAGCUCACUUUCAUGCUGCUUACGUUUGGGUUUUCCAGCAGGGCCGGCUCGGGAUUCAGUCCCGCCGACACGGUGGCCAUCGUGUUCUGCUCCACGCACAAGUCGCUAACGCUAGGUAUCCCCAUGCUGAAGAUCGUGUUCGCGGGCUACGAUCGCCUGUCGCUCAUCUCGGUCCCCCUGCUCAUCUACCACCCGGCCCAGAUCCUCCUCGGAUCCGUGCUGGUGCCGACCAUCCGCAGCUGGAUGACCGGCCGCCAGAAGCUGAUGAAGAUGUCGAGCCUGCAGCCCGUCUGACGAAGCGAGCGAAUCGCCGGGCGAUCGUGUGCCUUCCGGUGGCCGACCAACGGCGACCACCUGCCGCCUUGCUGCCCCUCGCGAUGGCAAAAAACAAAACAUUUAUUCUUCUAUAUUUAACAGAAGCAAAGGUACAUGUUUUAUAUUUG